AGGAACUUGAGCACAAGUUCAGAAAGCUUGCCGAAUUCAUACCGGAGUACAUAUGUGAUGAGAACCGGAUGGUGAACCACUUCUGGGAUGCCUUGGACCUUGACAUACGUGAGAGGGCAACACAAUUGCCUAAUAUGACGUUUAGUCAAGUGGUUGAACAAGGCCUGAAGGGAGAGAAGGAGUGGGAGGAAAGAAAGCUAAGGAAUGCCGAGGAGGCGAAGAAAAGGAAGUGGGAAAGCCAUGGCCCCCAAGGUUCCAACAAGAAGGGGAACCAUGGGGGAGGCGGAUCGUUCAGGGCACCGGCACCGCCGUCAAAAGGGAACCCGGCCUUCAGCGGGCACAACUCGGGCUCACAAGCGUCAACUGCGCCAAGGUGUAGGAAUUGCAACCGGAGCCACGCCGGUAAGUGUCGUGAUCCACCACGGUGCUACCAAUGCGGGAGCACAGGGCAUAUCAAGCCCAACUGCCCUCAACUUGGUGGGAACCGAGGGGCGGGAUCAAGCGGCCCUACUACGGCAAGUAGGAACCGAACCGGAGCACCGCAUGCCAGUACGGGCCAAGGGGGAGCAAGCACGAGCAAUGCGCCGUCCGUUAACCAAGGAAGGACCCAAGCAAGGGUCUACGCAAUGACGGAGGCGGAUGCCCGAGCUAACCCAGAUUCGGUUGCAGUUUCAGGUAGAACUUGAAGGUUGCUACCAUCACCGUUGCUUCGGGCGGAUUAUCAAGGAGAGGAGACGUGGUUCGUGCUUCCUCCGUUUCUGUUUUAAACAUUCAAAUUAAUGCUCAUGGAUACUAUUUUCCGAAUAAUUAUUUGGGGCUUGCACGCCCGUGUUUGCCACGUGUGGCUCGAAUGCUUGUAUUAAUAUUUCCGCUGCUUAAUUAAAUGAUUUACAUUAUGAUUGUUUAU